GAGCCGGAGAAUCAAAUACAGAUUCUGGUUCUGGGAUGACUUUCAUCUCGCUUUUUAACUUACUAAACUUACAUAUGCAUUCAAUAUGUCGUGAAAUACAUGGAGACGCGACCUCUUUAUGACAACCAGAAUCCGCAUGCUAAUGCCAUCCUGAAUUUUUGUGUUUUGGACAUCGAGGAGACCUGGUCAAAAUGAAUAUUCGCUGCGCCACUCCGGAUGACUUAAUGAACAUGCAACACUGCAACCUGCUUUGUCUGCCAGAAAACUAUCAGAUGAAAUACUACUUCUAUCAUGGACUCUCGUGGCCACAGUUGUCCUACGUAGCCGAAGAUGAAAACGGAAAAGUUGUCGGAUAUGUCCUAGCAAAAAUAUCUCUUUCUAGGGAGGAGGAUCCGGAGGACUCGGUGCCACACGGACACAUCACAUCUCUGGCCGUGAAGCGGUCCCACAGACGACUCGGCCUGGCCCAGAAGCUGAUGGACCAGGCAUCCCGUGCAAUGGUGGAAUGUUUCAAUGCACAGUACGUCUCCCUCCACGUCCGGAAGAGCAACAGAGCUGCUCUACAUCUCUACACAAACACACUCAAGUUUACGAUCAGCGAGAUCGAGCCCAAGUACUAUGCUGAUGGAGAAGAUGCAUAUGCCAUGAGACGAGAUCUGUCAGAGUUUAGAGAACGGUAUGGAGUUAAACAAGAAUUAGAAGGCAACACAUCGUAGAAUUUCAGCAGCAUCCAGAUUUGUGUGUGUAUGUAUGUAAAA